UUAUUCAAGACUAUAUUACAGAAAAAGAAGAUGAAAGUUGCAACUGCUUGGCUCUUUAUAAUUUUAAAUGCUGAUAUGAACGAGUGCGGCCUUAAAAGCCAUGCGGAACUCAUACUCCAGGCAAUAAAGGUUGAUAACAAGAUAAAAGAUCUUGUCCGUAAAGUCACAGGGUUUGCAAAGGGCAAUUCUGAGUUUAAGGAAAAAUAUGAAAAUUUGAGGAUUCCGUUAAUGGAAAAUUAUACAAGUUUGCAUAAAAAACUUGACCAAGUAAGAGUAUUCGAAACAUACAACAAGGAACGACUUCACUUAGAAAAAAAUAUUUUGAUGGCUAUUUAUAAAAUAAAUACAUCAUCGUCUGAAAACUGUAAAAAGUUUCAUAAAAAUCUUCGUAAGCAUCUGGUACUCAAGCUAUCCGAUUCAAAUAUAAACAAAAAUGAGACCUUAAAAAACUUAAAAGACCGAAUUUGCCAGGAGAAAGACGAUUUAACAGCAAACAACAAUGGUCAUAAUACUCCUACCGGUGUUGCCACGAUCCCCAGCAAUUAUAUUCCUUCAACUAAAAUAACGCGAACUUCAAUACUUACAACUACUAUAUUCAAUAAUAUAGAGCUUUUGGAAUCAAGUAAAAGUAAGAGCAGGACCCAUUACUCCGACAUUUUUGUUUCUACUGCCAUAUUAACUACGGUGUCUAAAAAGUCUUUAAAAAGAACGUUAAAAAAAAAUUCUACUUCCUCUGAAAUUUUCACAUCAAGCACAUCGAUGAUAAGGACCAAUUCCGCUAAACUUACUGUAUCAAGCAAAUAUUUGAUACAUCAAUCUUCUUCCAUUUGCGGAACGGUUCGUGAGGUUUUGCCGUGCCGAAAAUUUCUUGUUCUCUCAACUAUACCUGGAAAAUGUUUCUGUCUGCUUGAAUCAGUGCUAAAUUUAGUUGACAGUUUUUUAAUUGACGGGCAAAAAUUCAAAAUUUAAAAUAAAUAGUACAUUUAUGCUACCAUGUGUUCGCACCGCCAAUAAAGCUAACUAACGACAAGAAA